AUGGCCAUACGGGCGAUGGUCUCAUGCCCCACUGGCAGCAUUCGGACCCAAUCCCCUGAGAGGAGGACCAAAGAGAUCAUUGAGACCUUCCCCUUGCGCGUGAGCAAUGAAUUGCCCCGUGUCUUUCACCUGGGAUUCCACAGUGCAAAGAGUUUCGGGGCAUCAAGCUACUUCAUUCCGUUGUCAAUGCCGUCCGGUGAACGACUGAAUAUCAUGUUCGAUUCCCCACGAUAUUCCUCCAAGCUAGCCAAGCUCCUGGAUGCUGCUGGGGGCGUCGACCUCAUGGUGAUGAGCCAUAAGGAUGACGUGGCAGAUCACAACAAGUGGAAGGAGCGCUUUCCUUCUAUGAGGCGUGUCAUGCACGCGGCGGAUGUGCGGGGUCCAGAUGCAUGGCCUUACAUCGACAUGACCGGCGUCGAGGAGCAGCUGGAUGGGAAGGGUCCAUGGAUCUUGGCAGAUGGUGUGAAGGUCCUCCACACUCCAGGGCAUAGUGCUGGUUCGAUCACCCUCAUUUUGGAUGGCCGUGUGACUGGCGGGGACGGUGCGGCCUUCACUGGUGAUCACUUGGCCAUGAACGGGCGCUUGGGGCGCCUAGAUGGUUUUGCUCGUUACUCCGAUGAUUUAGACCUGCAAGCCGAAUCCAUGCGCAGGUUGGCAGAGGAGGACUUCCUUUGGAUCCUCCCGGGCCACGGCCGCCGGGUUCGCUUUGCUUCGGCCCAGCAGCGGCAGGCGGAGCUGCGCCAAGCCGCGGCGCAGUAUUUGUCCGACCCACGAGGGGCCCAAGCACCGGGGCCCAUGUUUCAUGUCGCGUAG